AUGGAGGAGGACGAGGCGGGCGCGGCGAGCGCGGAGCCGCGGGGCCCUCGCCGCCGCUCGCCCAGCCCCGGCCGCCUGGAUGUGAGCUCCAGCCGCUUCGACCCGCUGCUGGCGCUCUACUCGCCCCGCACGCCGCUGCCCUUCCCCGCCGCGCCCUGCUUCAACAACCUCGCCGAGUACGAGAGCUUCCAGCGCGGCCUGCGCCGCCCGCACGGCCGCCGCGGUGCCGCCGCCAGCCGCGCUGCCACCGCCGCCCGCGCGUCCCGCCGGGGCCCGCCUGCCCCCGACCCCGAGCGCAUCCAGCGCCUCCGCAGCCUCAUGGUGAACGCGGACCCCGAGCAGGAGGAAGGCGGAACGACGAGGCGGCGGCGGCGGGCACCGCGCAAUGUCCUCACCAGGAUGCCCCUGCAUGAAGGCAGCCCCCUGGGGGAGCUCCAUCGCUGUGUCCGGGAUGGUGUCAGAAUCAACGUCCACAUCCGCACUUUCAAGGGCCUUCGUGGAGUCUGCACUGGCUUUUUGGUUGCAUUUGACAAAUUCUGGAAUAUGGCCCUGACAGAUGUGGAUGAGACUUACAGGAAACCAGUAAUGGGCAAAGCCUUCUAUGCAGAACCUCAGCUCUCACUGACCCGACUGUUUGACAGACUCAAGCUGCAGGAAUCCUCGGGGAAGAAGGGAGCUGACUCAAAGACUGUCUCAAAGGAGCUGGCCCUGACAAAUGACUCUCAGACGCUGACUUUGAAGGCUGGAUGUGGACGAGGGAGAGCAGAAGAGGAGCGUGAGAGGCAGAAACACUCGGGCAGAGCUGCAGAGAAGAGGACCCCAGGUGACAGAAGUGAAGCUGAUGUGGGCAGCAGGACUGCCCAGCCAGAGGGGGCCCGGGCCAGGAGCCAGCCCCGCAGAAGGAGGCGGCCCAAGGUGGAUUAUCAGCAGGUGUUCACACGCCACAUAAACCAGAUCUUUAUUCGAGGAGAGAAUGUCUUGCUUGUCCAUUUAGCACAUUGACUUGGCUGAGCCUUUGGCAGAGUAUUUAUUUGAUAGCAUGACUUGCUGCUGCAGCUCCCAUUGCUAUUUAGAGUUGUCAUUGAGUAGGAUGGUACCGUGGCUGGUUUCCCAUUGCCACGUCAAGGCAGGGGAAAGAAUUGUAACCUGAGCAUCCUGGGCUUGAUGCCAAAGCAGCCUCCUUGGAUCACUGUUGGGGGUCUUAGGAGAAGGUCAGCAACACAGUUGUUUCUGUGAUAUGAGGGAGUUAAGCACAGAUCCCUCUGUUUCUUAAAAGGAAGCUAAAUGGAGAGGGUUGUAAGAGAAUUUUGGUGUACUCUGUUACAGGAACUACUUGUGGCACACAUUUAAAGAUAAGAUCUGGACCUGCAAUAAAUCAGAAAUGCUCUUUUGCACAUUCUGAGUAAUAUCAAGAUGAAAUUGCUAAUGAAACCAACAGUUUAUCUGCUGCUGUUAUAUGGAUGUCCUCUUUUUCAGAUAUAACUCUGACAGUCAUUUUGAAAUAGUUCAUAAAAUAUUGGAGUCACAUCCUGCUGAUGGCUACUGGCCUCUUUGCCAUAGUUAGCUCUGUAAUGCUCUGUGUGAUAGAAAACCCCUUAAUUGUAAAGUAUUCUUUUAAUGUGGGUGAUGGCAGGACUGUAAGUUGUUUCCAGUAUCAAAGCUUAGGCUCUCUGUGAUGUUGUGCUUUGGCCCUGUGUCAGCAGCAAGCAGAUGAUGUAGCUGACUCAGAGACCUCUCUGUUUGGAGUUUAUUGUGGGUGAGGAUGGAAAAUUAUCCUUUUAUAUUUCACCCACUUGCUACUUAGUGUAAGAGUGAAGCUGGCAAAGAUUGGGUUUUUCUCAGGUGUGCUUGUGCUGAGCACACCUGUCCUGUAUUUAAACACCUUUCAGGCUCCCCCCUCUCUUGAAACCAGAGCUGCUGUGUCUCCAGCAGUUCUCAUGGAGCAGGAAUCUUCAUGGGUCUUUCCUGUCCAUGUGAAGGAUGCAUCAUCUAAUUCCAGUUGAGCUUUGGAGAUGUGCCUGAAAAGGUUUUGAAGUAUAGAAGUCAAACUCAUCAGUGUUUCAUUUUAGCAAGGCUGUUGUAUUAUUGCAGGUGAGGCCAAGGUUCAGCAGGUAUAAACUGCUUCCCAAAAAACCUACCUGCAGAAGUCUGAGAGUAAAUGAAGCUGUUCCAUUAUGUAGCCUGUUCCUUUGUUGUCAAAGGAGAUUUCAUGCUGCUAUUCUGUAUUCAUCCCAACUGCCUUGUGCUUUGCAGCAGCUCUGUGUGUUUAAGCUGAAGUUGGGAAAUUGCUUUGUGGCAGGACUGACAUUGCAUAUAGAUACCCUGAGUUCUCAAACUGAGUGGCUGUACUGUGGGUGACAUGGAUUUCUGUUGCUGCAGAUGCAGCAUUCUGCUUGCUUGGUCGUUAGGGAUAUGUCUGGUGUUUGGGUGAAGCACAGAAAUCAUUUUGCAGGCAUUCUGGACAUAGGAAGCAGCUGUUUGCCUCUGGGGGAGCUUGAAACUUAAGUCAACAUUUCAUAUGACAUGGGGCUUGAUGAGCUCAGCCAGUGAGCUCAAAGCCAAGUUCAGCCUGGGACAGAAUAAAAAGUACUGUUGAGGCAAAAUAAUUUCAUCAAGGGAGAAAAAGAAAAGAAAAAAAAUUAAAUACUCUCUGCAGCUUCUUCUGAAACAUUGCUUUACUGCUGUAAUCUCAUCCCUCUGUGAACUGAGACUAGGCACUGGAAAGAUUCUUCUCAUGGAGGUUCUUGUUUCCCUUUCCUUCUUUUCAUGUUUGUGUUCAUGGGCUCAGCAGUUUUUUCCCUUUUUUUCCUCUUUUUUUUUUCCCCUUUCUCCUGUCAGUACUUUGUCUCCUCAGGACAUUCUAAACUCUGGUUUACAAAGACUGUUCUUGUUGUCCUGGCUUUCUGCGCCCUUUCCUGGUUGGCUUUCUGCGUAGCAACCAGAACCCUCACAAAUUGCUAGAAACAUGUGAAGCUAGAAACAAGGUGCUUAUCUCUGCUCCUGACUUCCCAGCAGCUUUUCCUGCAAGUGAAUAUUUACUUCCUUAUGGUUGUGGGGAUUUUCUUCUCUGUUUUCUGGCAGCUUUGUUCUUAUUUCAGCUGCUUGGGAUGACUCCUCUCUGCCUUUUCUAUUAGUACCAAAGGCCACUGGUUCUGACCUCUCCUCUUUCUUUUGUAUUUGACCAAAGGGUGUCAGAUCACCCUCAAGCUGACAUACAGUGACAGCUCAUUGAAUUCUUGCUUUUCUUCACCUCAUAUUUUUAAAUCUUUGUCUGCCUAGUUUAUGCCUUGUGCAUUAACUAAGAUACAGCUACCAUUAAUGUGUUUGUGGCUGUGCUGCCUUUCCUGUUGAUUGACACUUUUCCAAGUUCUCAGUUGCUGGUGGAAGUCUCAAUGUUUCCUUUCAUAAUGAGUUUUUCCCUGAAACCUUUCAGAUGUUUGUUGCUUCACAUCUACGAGGUUUUGUUUACAUUUGAUGAAAAGUGCUGGUGCUUAGACUUAAGUUUGUGCCUUGAUUUUUAUAUCAUCCCUGACCUGUUCUUCCAGAAUCAUCACCUUGGUGAGCAAACCUGCUUAAGGAUUAUAGUUUAUCUACUUUUUUUGUACUACCUCAUUCCUCAUUGUUAAAAUGUUCCUCCUCUCAUCUGUGAAGCUGAUUGAACUGCUCCCUUCCAAUUUAGAUUUAAUGAAUUAUUUGUUGGUUCUUCAUUUGUAUCCUACUUUCCUGUCCAUCUUUCUCAUUAUUUCCAAGCUGCUUCCUCUUCUACAACUUCAGGUCUUCCAAAAUGUCUUCCUUUUCCCACUUUUUCUGGCAUUGUGUAUUUUUAAAAUGCAUUAUUAAAAAUUUGUCUUAU